GCAUCCUUAAUGAUCGAAGGAGCAAUGUCCCAACAAAGUUGUCGAACCACUGAUAGUCGAAUUUUGGGGCAACUAAAUACGUAAUAAAAAUCGUCGGUUAAGUGCAUUACUAGAAGGUAAACGAAAUUCUAACUUUCGCCCCUUCCCUACGCCACCGAGAAAGGGAGAAAACCACCAAAGGAUAUUUUUGAUUUGGGAUUUUCGAUAGACGACAAAGUAUAUGUGCAUUUAGCGUUGAUGCAACAUGGAUGACGACGUUGUUUUUCCAUCCGUACUGGUGAACGUUACGGAUACAUUAGGAAUAGACGCUACACUAGCCUCAUCAACGUCAUCAUCUGUGAAUCAUCUGGUCAACGCGACAGCAGGUACGGAGGAGCUUUUCCAUGGUUACUCGCCGGCAUUAUUAACGUUCGCUUCGGCAGCUUGCAUUUGCUUCAUGUUGGUCGGGGUGCCGGGCAAUUUAAUUACGAUAAUAGCGUUGGCGCGCUGCAAAAAGGUUCGAAACGCGACAGCUGUGUUCAUAAUCAAUCUUUCACUAUCGGAUCUGUUGUUCUGUUGCUUCAACCUGCCGCUGGCUACUUCGACAUUCUGGUAUAAUGCGUGGAUACAUGGGAAUCUUCUGUGUCGUUUCUUUCCAUUAAUGCGUUACGGUUUGUUGGCUGUGUCGUUGUUCACGGUACUGGCAAUAACGAUAAAUCGCUAUGUUAUGAUAGGUCAUCCAAGGAUAUAUCCAAGAGUAUAUCGCCACAGAUACUUAGGUAUAAUGGUUACCGCAACUUGGCUUUGUGCAUUCCUAACUUUGAUUCCCACUUGGCGGGGAAUUUGGGGUAAAUUUGGAUUGGACCACUCAAUAGGGUCAUGUUCAAUACUUCCCGAUGAGAAUGAUCGUUCUCCCAAAGAGUUCCUCUUCAUGAUGGCGUUCAUGGUACCAUGCUUAUGCAUAAUUAUCUGCUACGCACGAAUUUUUUACAUCGUUCGAAAGACCGCCAUGCGAACCCAUGAGCCUGCUACAGUUAACAAUUCCGUACGAAUGAUGUCCGGAAAAAAUGUUCGAACUCAAAAAGCUAUGGAUGAUGCUAACCAUUCCGAUCGACAGCUUAUUGAAAAAUCUUCGAAAACUUCAAAAGAGGAGAACUCGGAAAAUUCAUCUUCACUAUCCAACUAUGGUGGCUAUCCCCAUUCAGCUACACAAUUGGCUGCCGGAAGCAACCCAAACAUUCAGCGUUCCAGACCAUAUCUGUCCAAAUUUCGAGAGGAGGAGCUAAAAUUCAUUGACACUAGCGUGGAUAGUGAGCUGCCUCCUUCUCUGUCGGCUUUAAGGCGUGAUCGCCAGCGUGAAGGCACGCCGUCUAGUAAUGUAAGUUCAACACAUGCGGCCAUAGUUAGUAGUAGUCAUAAGAAUCAGAAGUUAAAUGAGAUUGACUCAGCUGUAGAAGAUAGCACGAGUUCGUCCGAUAACGCGCAAGUGUAUCACAUUGCGCAAAAUAAUGAAGUCCUCAAUCAGCUGCUUCCUGUUCAGGUCGAGCCGUCCUCUAGCUCUGGGAUUGACAUCCCAGUCGAGCCGGAAAGCCCUCCAAAACGCAGAACUUUCAAAAAGUCAUUCAGUGCAUCCAUAAAGCGAGUGGCGAAGCGUAAUUGCCACAAUGUGUCCGCCAUGAACACAUCAGGAGCAUCGAUCCUUUAUCCAGGACGAAUGUCACAGAAGGACCGACGCCUACUCAAAAUGAUUCUUGUGAUAUUUUUAUCGUUUGUGAUAUGCCACCUUCCCAUAACUGUAACCAAGAUAUAUAAAGGAGCUACCGAUGUUCAUUUCUUCAAUAUCAUGGGCUACCUUCUGAUCUUCUUGACGACCUGCGUCAACCCCAUUAUUUACGUUGUCAUGUCAUCGGAGUAUCGCCAGGCAUACUGGAGUUUACUUAGUUGUCGAAAGAGCGUAAGCCGAUCUUCAGGAAAGAAUCUUGCAGUGGCCCGGAGCGAUCGCAGAGGCAACGGAGCAGCAUAGAUGGAAAAGGAUGAAUCAAAAAUUGAUAUUGGAGACAGUUUUGCGUUAACCAAAAGAAUUCCAAAGAUGUGUACAAUUAGCACCUGACUAGUCAUAGUUAUAACACGAAUUUUCUGGAUAUAAGAAAAAUAUCUUUCAAAUUAUACAAUCUCGGAGAAAACUGGUCCAAUCAAGAUUCGAAAGAGGAAACAUGAUUGGAGAGAAUAAUAGGAUUCUGGCUGCGACUCCUCGGAAGUCCUUUUUCCGAAGUCUGCCCGGAAAUGAAAUCAAAUUUCAAGAAGUUUACCAAAACUCGGAUAGAUUAUUGUUCUUAAAAACUUUAUAAGAUAGUUUACUUCUCGAGCGCGCAUCCAGGAUUUUCAAAAAGGGGACUACUCCCCAACGAUGUAGCAUCCUUUCUCCGUGACUGCUGUCAAACAAACGAUCUAAAUUUCCGACUUGCAAAUUUGCACCCUCCGAAUUCGUAGAUAUUAUUUAAUCGGAUGUAAAUAUUUGCUUUAUCUUUUCAUGUGUUCAAAGCACUUAAAACUAUCUUAUAAUAUCAUAUUUUAUUUUUCUUUGUUUUUAUCUUAGGAUAAUCUAUGCAAACUUGUAUUUUAAAAAAAAAAAACAUCGAACACGAACGAUGUAAAAAAUGUAUGGCUUCCAUGUGGAGGUUUUUAAGACCACCCUUUAUUUAGACGCUACUCGGAAGCUAACAAAUGGGAGACGGACAUCUAGGCUAGUUUGUACUUAAGUUUCUAUUAUAUCUUAUUGAUAAGUUGAAGAUAUUGCUCGUUUUUGAAUGCCAUACGAUUAAGAUGCCCAUCAAAUACUUUUAUAAUCGUAAUUGUUACGCCAUUAUUAGUUUUCCGUUGAUAAUUGACUGAUUAGAAUGAAUUAUUUGUAAGAAUGUUGUUAAAAAAAAAACCAAUUCAAACACUAAGAAUAAAAAUACGGAGAAUUUUUUCCUCUGC